AUGGUUGCAACGUCUUUGUUCAAGUGAGCUCUCUUUUUUUUAGGAUUUGAGCUUUAAAUACUGUUCAGAACUGUAAACGAAAAGGCCUCUCACGGGCACGCGGAAAUCCAUCCACUUGCUGGGGACCAUGUCUCUACUCACAGAUGGGAAGAGGAAAAUUUCUUCCACACGUAAUUUUUUAGAAAUUUCUGUCCAAUCCUUCUUUCUCAUUUAGGAAAAAGACAUUGAAAGGGAUUUUCAUGCUUUUGGGAGUCUUCUUUAUCUUUGCCUUCAUCAUUCAGUUCUCGUAAGUGAUCUCUGAAAUAACGUACAGUCUGAUAUUCAAAUUCCAGUCUGGCUACCUACAUGUACACCUCAAAACACUCGCCACGCAAGGAGUCGUCCACUAACCAAAGGGGAAUCCAGACCAUCGCCGCCGAGUACAUUGCGUACACCGAAAAGUACAUUUCAAACUUCUUAUCUUAAGACGAUGCACUACUUUUUCCAAUCUUCAGAUACAACAAGAGCUACGCUACCAGCAAGGAAUCGUUGAAGAGAUUGAAUGCUUAUUACGCCACCGGAGCCAACAUUGACAACUGGAACAAGAUUCAGGAGCACGGAAGUGCGGAGUAUGGACACAAUGAUCUGUCGGAUUGGACCGACGAGGAGUUCGAGAAGACCCUUCUUCCGAAGUCAUUCUAUCAGAGACUUCACAAAGAAGCCGAGUUCAUCAAGCCAAUCCCAGAGUCAUUGGCUUCGAUGAAAGGAGAACGCUCCUCGCCAUUCCCAGAUUUCUUCGACUGGCGGGACAGAAAUGUGGUUACUCCUGUGAAAGCUCAAGGACAGUGCGGCAGUUGCUGGGCAUUUGCCUCAACCGCAACCGUCGAGGCCGCCUACGCCAUCGCUCACGGAGAAAAGAGAAACUUGUCAGAGCAGACUCUUCUUGAUUGUGAUUUAAUUGAUAACGCGUGUGACGGAGGAGACGAGGACAAGGCAUUCAGGUAGAGUGAUUAGGGACGAGAGUGCUGGUGUAAAGAUCGAUUACUUUUCAGAUACAUUCAUCGCAAUGGAUUGGCCUACUCCGUUGAUCUCCCGUAUGUUGCUCAUCGCCAGAACGGUUGUGUCGUCAAUGAUCAUUGGAAUACCACCAAGAUCCAAGCCGCCUACUUUCUUCAUCACGACGAGGAGUCUAUCAUCCACUGGCUUGUCAACUUCGGUCCAGUCAAUAUCGGUCAGUGCUAACUUUGAAUGGGUCUCUGACCUUAACAUUUCUAGGAAUGGCAGUCAUCCAACCAAUGAGAGCAUACAAAGGAGGAGUCUUCACUCCGAGCGAAUAUGCCUGCAAGAACGAGGUAUUCAUUCAAAUUCUCUUCCAGCCGUCUUAUCUUUUCCGUGCAUUCAACUGAUAACCAAAACCCAUAUUCGUUUUACAGGUUAUUGGCCUUCAUGCUCUUCUCAUCACUGGUUACGGAACAAGCGAAAAGGGCGAGAAGUACUGGAUUGUGAAGAACAGUUGGGGUAACACUUGGGGAGUCGAACACGGAUACAUCUACUUUGCCCGUGGAAUCAACGCGUGUGGAAUUGAGGACGAACCUAUUGGAAUUCUCGCCUAA